AUGGAUUUGCUUGGUAGGGUUUACUUCAAAAAAAGAUAUAAGGAAUUUCUUUUACACGGAAUUGUCACUUGCAAUAGAAAUAACUACAAUACCCACAGUUCCGAUAACUACAGGAAAAGGAAUGGGAACUGGAGUAGCGACACUACCAGGAUUUUUAACCAUGCCCAUGAGUACUUUGGGCAGUUUGGGGAACAUAAUAGAGGUUAUCAGCAUGCACAACCAAAUUGUGCUCCUUUGAAAAGAAGAAAGUUUUCUGAUGCUUCUUGGGGAGACAGUGGCAGAAACUACCCGCCAUAUAGCAAGCAUUGCCUGGCUGCUUCAUUGGAAUCCAGUAAUUUCAUUCAUCCUCCUAUAAGAUCAAAUGCUGAACCCUCUACAUCUGUCAGCAAUAAACGUGAUAGACCAUGGUUGGAUGAUGAUGAAUCCGUCUUCAUGUCCAAGGAUGAGAUUGAGCGAUGUUCACCUUCAAGAAGAGAUGGUAUCGAUGCACUUCGUGAAACACAUCUACGCUAUUCUUAUUGUGCCUUCAUUCAGAACCUUGGUUUGCAGCUUGAAUUGCCACAAACUACCAUUGGCACUGCCAUGGUAAUGCGUCAUCGGUUUUUUGUUUGGAGAUCACAUGCUUGCCAUGAUAGAUUUUUAAUUGCUACUGCUGCUCUUUUCCUUGCUGCAAAGUCUGAGGAGACGCCUCGUCCUUUGAACAAUGUGUUGAGAACUUCUUGUGAAAUACUCCAUAAGCAGGAUAUUACAUUCUUAUCUUACGUGCUCCCUGUAGUAAGUAAUCUGGAAGUUCUUCUGAUUUUUCCUUGCUAAGAAAUGUAGAUAAGAUUUAGCUCUUUAGCAGGGUAAAAGUGAAAUGCUUUUAAAUAUAUUUGCCUUUUUAUUAUUUUCAUCCUUGAAAAACAUAUUCCAACCAUGAUUAGACUGCAGCUUAGUGGUAGUGAAGCAAAUUUGGAUGAAAUUCAUGUGCAUCAGCUAAAUGUUAGUUUAGACUCUCAGCUUAUUUUCUUUAAGCAUUAAAUUGUGCAUUUACAGUUCAAAACGUUUUAGAAACAGCUUGUGAUUGAUCCUGCAUUAGCAUGCUUCAGAAACAUAAAAUAUUAUGGCUUACAUAAAAAGAGCUUACUAUAGAAAGUUGGAUAGAACACAUUCCAUUUAUGCAUUCUGAUUCACAUGACACCGUGUUUUAGUGCCUGCUAUUUUUAUGGAGGAAUACUUUCCCCAUAAUCAAGAGUGCAUCAGAUAUGCUUGGAAGUUAUUUACCGUAAUCCUUGUUGGUUCUUCCACUGCCAUACCGAGAUGAGGGGAGGUUAACCUUUUUAAAUUUGAAGAAAAACAUAUUUAUUGAAAUUAUUAAUACAUAUAUGAAAUGUGCCUGCGUGUGUGUAUGCAGCUGUGUUUUUACCCAGUCAUCAACUAUUUAUUGCUGCCCAUAGUAGGUUCCCCAGUUUCCAUAUUUUAAGUUUUUUUUUUUCAAAAUUUUUAUUCUUUUUGACCCAAUUUCUUUUCUAUCCCUUUCUAUGUUUUAAGUUGUGGUUGGUUAACAAGGGGCAUCAGCUUCGUUCGAAGCAUUCUUUCGAAGCAUUCUUUCGGGUAAUACAUAUAUAUUAUAUGUUACAAGAGUAGGUGUCAAAUAUAGCCUAUUGUGUCAUGUCUUACCUUCCUUAGAUUUUAAGAUUUCUUCAUUUUCCUUAUUUUUUGGUUUCCCCUUGAGUCGUGGUUUACUAACAAAGGACAUCUGUAUAUACUAUUUUAAAAUGGUGUACAUAAUAAUACAGAUAUAUCGCUCAUAGCGUCAUCUCUUGCCUGCCUUAGUUCUGUGUAAUUGGUGUUGUGGCACGUAUGCUCGUUAACCAUGAGCAGUGACAUGCUUGUUGACAAGCCUGUUCCGAUGACUAAUGGGCUAAAGAGCCUUGCUUGAUAUCUACAUUGCGCUCUACUCUGUCCUGUGUUUUUUUGUGUGUAUACUACUGGACUUAGAAGCACUGCAGAUUGGACUGGAACUGAUUUGUUCUCUAGAUGGAUGUAACAUAGUUGCUAUAGUUUUCAUACUCUGUGAGCCAUGGUGCCAGAGAUUCUUGGAAUAUAUUCUACCUGGUGUUGCUUCCAUUGGCUCAGGAGCUCAUUGUGGCUUCAGUUCAAGCCCCAUCACAUUGCUGCCGGAGCUGCUUAUCUGGCGAGAAUUUCGAACAACUCCGACUAUUCUCCAAGAUGUCGCGCAGCAGUUGAUGGAGCUGUUCUAAAAGGACGAUAGUGUACAUCUACUUUUCGGAUUUAUCGAUAAAUGUAGUGAUGACUGUGGGGAUCGAGCGUGCCCGUGUUUCUGUUGGAUCUCGACCAAACGGCGCGCGGAGCGUCCGAUGAUAAUG